CAAGGGAUAGGUUCGCCGAGCGUCUACCACGCUGUCAUAGUCAUCUUCCUGGAGUUUUUCGCUUGGGGACUCCUGACGGCGCCCACGCUGGUGGUUUUGCAUGAAACCUUCCCAAAACAUACAUUUCUAAUGAAUGGUCUAAUUCAAGGAGUAAAGGGCUUGCUCUCGUUCCUCAGUGCCCCGCUCAUAGGUGCCCUCUCUGAUGUGUGGGGACGAAAGUCCUUCUUGCUGCUAACGGUGUUCUUCACCUGCGCACCAAUACCACUAAUGAAGAUCAGCCCAUGGUGGUACUUCGCCGUUAUCUCCGUCUCCGGAGUUUUUGCAGUGACGUUUUCUGUGGUUUUUGCAUAUGUAGCAGACAUAACCCAAGAACACGAAAGGAGCAUGGCCUAUGGCUUGGUUUCGGCAACUUUUGCGGCAAGUUUAGUUACCAGCCCUGCUAUCGGUGCCUACCUUGGUCGAGUGUAUGGCGACAGCUUGGUUGUGGUCCUGGCUACGGCAAUAGCCGUGUUGGACAUCUGUUUCAUCCUCGUGGCUGUACCAGAAUCGCUGCCAGAGAAGAUGCGGCCGGCGUCCUGGGGAGCACCCAUCUCGUGGGAACAGGCUGACCCUUUUGCAUCACUGAAGAAAGUCGGCCAGGACUCAGUUGUGCUGCUCAUCUGCAUAACAGUCUUUCUUUCCUACCUCCCGGAGGCAGGUCAAUAUUCCAGCUUCUUCCUAUACCUCAGACAGAUAAUGGGAUUUUCAUCUGAAAGCGUUGCAGCAUUUAUAGCAGUCCUUGGGAUUCUUUCCAUUAUUGCACAGACAAUAGUUUUGAGUUUACUUAUGCGCUCCAUUGGAAAUAAAAAUACCAUCCUGCUGGGCCUCGGAUUUCAGAUACUCCAACUUGCGUGGUACGGCUUUGGAUCAGAACCGUGGAUGAUGUGGGCAGCCGGAGCUGUUGCGGCCAUGUCCAGCAUCACCUUCCCAGCUGUGAGCGCCCUGGUCUCACGAACGGCGGAUGCUGACCAGCAGGGUGUUGUUCAAGGGAUGAUAACAGGAAUUCGAGGACUGUGUAAUGGUCUGGGACCAGCACUUUAUGGUUUUAUAUUCUAUAUAUUUCACGUUGAACUCAAUGAGCUCCCCAUGCCCGAGUCGCCAUCAGGAGGUAGUGGGGUCACGCAAUACCACUUACAACAGAAUUCUAUAAUUCCCGGGCCCCCGUUCUUGUUCGGAGCGUGCUCUGUGCUGCUGGCAUUACUCGUUGCCUUGUUUAUUCCCGAACACACGAACCUAAACGUCCGAUCCGGCAACUGGAAGAAACACUGUGGCAGCCACGGCCAUCCCCACAGCCCCCAGGCUCCUGGUGAAGCUAAAGAACCAUUACUGCAAGAUACAAAUGUAUGACAAAAAGCCAGGAAGAGCUUUUAGACUGUUUUUUUUCCAUCAGCAGUUUGGGAUACACAUUCCAAUUCCAUAAAAAAAUGUAAUUUCUUAAGGUAAUCUUAAGAAGUAUCUUUCUGCAUGAAAUUUGUAGGAAUUUUUUUUAAAAAAAGAGGACGUUUCUCCAAAGAUGUUGCCAUUGAGUUAAUAAUUUGCUUUUAAAAACCAAGCUGUUACAUACUGGUCUCUUGCCAUGAAACACUGUUACGGCUAAGCUUGACGUU